AUGGAGGCCGGCGGGGAUGAUCUCUUCGUCAUCAAUGACGUCGAGGCAGAUCAGAUGGAAGAGGUGCGGGAUGCACGGCCGGUAGAGCAGGCGCAGGAGACGGAGGCUGACGUCAUGGAGAGCGUCAAGGGUCUCGUGCCGCUGUGCGUGCAGCACGCGCAGGGCCCGCAGCUCAGCAGUGCCACGUUCGGCUACGACAUCGCGCUGAUGGCGAAGCGGCCGUGGGCCGAGCCUGGCGCGAAGCUGAGCGACUACUUCAACUAUGGCUUCAACGAACAGAGCUGGCGCGUGUACUGUGCUAUGCAGGAGAAGGGCGAAGAGUCACUGCUGGCCAACGCCACAGCAGUGUUGCAGAAGUUGGAGCUGGCGGCUCGCCCAGGCGCUGGUGCGGCGGCGGAGGAGGCAGGAGCUGGUGGCCAUCUCGCGCAUGACGAGCCGCCCAUGAUGAUGGUUGGUGGCAUUAUGGACGGUUAUAGUGACGGUGGACCUUACGGCGGCGGUCACGGCAUGUACGGCGGCCAGGAGGGCCCAGGACGAGGUGGCGGCUACGGGCGGCCCUACCAGCCUCGCGAGUUCCACCCGCACGGCGGCGGCGGCGGCUUCGAGCGGCUUCACAACGCCAACUACAAAACGCGACUGUGCAAGGGCUUUGCCGAAGGGCACUGCAACCGCGGCAAUCAGUGCAAUUUCGCCCACGGAGUCGGUGAGCUGCGGCAGCCUGGCGGAGGAGAGCCCAUACCGCCGCCGCCGCAGCAGCAGCAGCAUAUGCCUCAGCAGCUCCCGCCAGCGGGAUUGGCUGCCGGCGGCUCCGCACCACCUCCGAUGGCACAAGUAUACGGAGACCACCGGCCAGGCUUCAAUAACUACUACACGCCUCCGCCCCCGCAGGUGAUGACAGGUGGCGCACCGCCGCAAUCCCCGGAACGUGUGAAUUACCUCAUGCCGUCUUUCCAGGGGGGUGCCAGCAUGCCACCCAUGAUGGGGGGGUCCGCUAUGCCCAUGCAGGACAGCAGCGACGGCACUGGCAGCGGGUUCCGGCAGCCACCGAAGCGGCCGCGUCAGGACGGCGGCGGCGUCUACGAGCCGCAGUAUUGA